AUGGCUCACACACCGUUGAGAAUAGUAUUGGAUGUUUUGUAUGUGGUGCUACUAGUGAAUUGCCUGCACGGUAUUGUUGGACAAGAACGCGAUCUUUUUGAAUAUGAAGAAUUGACUACACAAACCGUUCAACCUCGGGCUAGUGAACAUGCUUUCAAAAAAAAGGAAAAAGCCCUUGAGCAAUGGAAUGACAUGGGCUGCUCCGAAGCUGAUUCUAUUGGUUGGAUGUGGGUGUUUGAAUGUGUACCCGACAAAUUAAAUAAGUAUCGGGUGUAUGGAAAAUUGAAUUCUCGCCCAAUUUUAAUAGGCGAAAUAAUUGCCUUACCAGAUAAACCCCCUACCAUAGUGGCACAUUCAGUCUCCGCGGGCCCUGGAUGGGUAUCAAUAUGGGCCAGGCUUCCAGAAGAAGACUAUCCCAACGUAUUGGGUAUUAAAGUGAGAUUCACUGUAGAAGAAUUGAAAGGAGACAAAUGGGUAGCAGGUCCUGAGCCCUUUAAUGAAACUAGUAUUUAUUCAAAUAAAAGAUAUUUUCAAAGAGUACAAUACUCUGGAGAUAGGGCCAUGCUUUGGCCCAUUCACGAGUGUCCACUGUGGCCCAAAGCUAAGAUGUUCUGCAUGCUAUUUACUGAUAAAUUUUCUUACUCGGAGAACUUCACGAAAGAGCAAAGGAUAGAUCUUUCAAAGUUAGAAGGUUGGGGGACAGCAGAGUUGCCAGAAACACCAGAGUCCGUGGACAACAACAAAAAAAUAGUUUUCAUGGCCCACCGCCGCACGGAAAAGGCCCAAGCGAAGGCCUUGGCCAAGGGAGACUCAACUCUGGGUUGUCUUCCUCGUUUUGUCCCUCUUCAUCGUUGCUGUAAUUCUGCCAAUACUUGUUUAUUUUGCAACAAGGGUCUUUACAGGGCUGGAUUUAGAGCUGCUGAUGAUAUGUGGACAAGUUGGGCAGAAGCUCCAGGAAAUCUCAUCGUGGGAAUGGGAUUCAGACUCUCGAUCCCCGUGCCUGGAGAUGAGUUGGCACCACUGCAAGACCACACAAGAAGUGGGAACCCCAGAAAAAGCAGGGAGACGGGCAGGCUGACAAACACGGCCUACAAUGCUCAGUAG